UUCAGUGUUCACUGGACUAUAAACACACAUGGCUGGAAAUUACCUUUUGGGAAGUAUCCUGUGCUUGGCCUUGGUCAAUGCCAUAGGCGCACAAGUGAUGGAAGGAACCUACAAUGUCACCGAAGUCUGUACUAUGGUGAAAACUGGAACCCAACUUGGAAGUAUUGAAUCGUGCAGUAGUUACUAUGUCUGCACCAAAUCAGGACCAGUGAAGCAAUCGUGCUCAGCCGGUUACUCCUAUAACUUUAGAGCUCAAAACUGCGGUCCAUCAUCCCAGGUUGAAUGCUACUAUGGCAUGGCCAAUCCGUGCUCGGGAAAGACAGGCUCAAAUUGGGUGCCAAAUGUAAACAAUUGUCAAGGAUGGUACUAUUGCAAUGGCGAUAAGAUCGCUGGCCAGGGCAAUUGUGCUAAAGGAGAAAGGUUCGAAAUGGCAGCGCAGAAAUGCAUUUACGGUGAAUGCCCUAAGACCGACGGGAACUCAGUGGGCCUCAGUCUAGUUAACUAUUGCAGUGUGGUGCCCCCCAAUAUGUACUUUGGAUCCACUCACGAUUGUAACACGUGGUACUUCUGCAACCCUCAGGGCUUGCAAACCCAGGGUACUUGCUCAUCCAGCGCAUUUAUUGUGUCAUCUGGUGUCUGUGGAUAUGAUACGGCUCCUGGUGCAUGCGACAGAGUUGUGAAUGCCCCUGUUCCCACCACCUGCAAUAUUAAAGGAGCACUUAAAGCCGAUGCCACAACAUGUGGCAACUAUUAUGUUUGCAAUGGUGAAAUCUAUGUGUUAAACCAAUGCCCCUAUGGAACCUACUUUGAUGUGGAUUCGUCCAACUGCGUUACCCGAAAACUCGCUGUUCCACAACCAGGCUGCAAUCGCUGUCAGUACGCCACUACACCGUUUGUCAAUGCUGUGAACGAUCAGCUUUGUGAUACUUAUUACUAUUGUCAAAACGGCAAUCAUGGCGAUGUAUCCGAGUGUCCAUCUGGCUCGUACUUUAAUGAAGCUGAUCAAGCUUGUGCUCCACUUGCUGGUUUAGUAAAUUAUACUCCAUAUAAUGGUGCCUGUCAUGGUGCAGCAAUCCCAUCUGGCCCACCUAAGCCCCCUGGUCCAAAUUCUGCCUCCACUGGAUCAAAAGCUAUCUCCUCUGGAUCAAAUGCUCCCUCCACUGGAUCGAACUCCCCAUCUUCUGGACCUGGGUCUCCCCCAUCCCCAUCGAAGAACUGAGGAAUGUUCCUCUCAAUUAAAACAAAAAAUCAGCAUAUAUAAUAAAUAUGGGAGAAAUUGAACAAAACGUUCCAAUAUAUA